AUGGCGGCCGCCUCGUUUCUUCUGGCGCUUCUCAGCAUUGCCUUCCUGGCCCGCUCCAGCGCCGCCCUCUGCAUCCCUAGUGAGCCCUAUGUCGAUUGCAAUUUCCACUCCCUGUCUUCCCCCCAAUGGGCUGAGCUUUCUGGCGACUCGGCAGCUCUUACCGCAGCCUGGAAGGCUGCCGUUGCCCAGGCCCCCGAGUUCCCCACAGGACGGUUCGCGGGACGGGGACUGGUGAUCACGGCAACCAAGCUGGAUCUUGUGAAUGUGCCAGUCCUGUUGAGAGCGCUCCAAACAGAGGGGUUCACCCUUCCUGUGGAGAUCUGGUACUCUGGUGAGGUCAGCUCUGACAUCAUGGGCUCCCUGUUGGCCAGCUACGACAAGCUUGCGAUCAAGAACGUGGCCAACUAUGCCUCUGACGCCGACCUGCAAAGCACAGUCACCAGCCAAGGAGAGCAUGUGUUCCAAGCGAAGCCUCUCGCCAUCCUUUAUUCGGCCUUCGAGGAAGUCCUCUUCCUGGACGCCGACAACAUCCCCAUGGCCGACCCCACUGCCCUUUUCCGUUCCUCUCAGUACCAGACCACCGGCGCCCUGUUCUGGCCGGACUUCUGGCGGACCGCCACCGAAAAUCCAAUCUGGUCCAUCCUGGGAGCUUCCCCCCAGGGCCAGGAGCAGGAGUCGGGGCAGAUCCUCGUUGACAAACGGCGCGCCUGGGGGGCUCUCAACCUGGCAUUCUUCUUCGCCAAGGACAGCACCUUCCAGAAGAUGAUUAACGGCGACAAGGAGGCGUUCCGCCUGGCGUUCCUGGCGACUGGAACGCCGUUUGCCAUGGUCGAGACGCCGGUAGCGGCCGCGGGCGUGGAAACGGACUCUGGCGAAUUCUGCGGGCACACCAUGGUGCAACACGACCCCGCCGGCGUGCCGUUGUUCCUGCACCACAACUCGCUCAAGCACGGAGCGGCUGUCACGUGGCAGCUCAUGAAGGCGGUGCCAGCUGGCAAGGGAUUCUCUGUUGUCCCUCUUCCCCCCGCCACCAUGAACGGCGAGCCCGUCUCCUGCCUGGACCUGGAGGGUGCUGACGUUAUCGUCACCCCCGAGCCGUUCUCCGCCUUCGAGGAGUCGUUCGCACAGCUCCAGGCUGCCGCAGACCCCGCCCUCAAGCGCGUCUCACAGAACGAGUUUACCGCCGUCAGUCUGGCCACCGCGAGGAAGCUACUCCAGGGCAACGGCUCCGCAACAGUUCCGCCAAGCGCUCCUGGAGUGUGCCCAAGCGACGUCAACGCUAACUACUGCUACUCAAGCGGGGGCACCAUCCUGACGUGCUGCCUGACAGCAUGCUCCGGCGUCUACGCCAGCCUCGACCCGGCGGUUGAUGCCGUCCAGUUCUGUGUCGCGUUUGGCGGAGGCGUUGAUAAUGGGGGCACCCCCGAGGCGCUUGCGAGGCCGGUUUCUUUAACCAACCGUGCUUCCCUGCGGGUGGCACCGGCCCCGCCAUAUGCUGCCCCAGCGCCUUCUACCAGUGCGGUGGGACCGACGGCCCCACGCCCUUCUGCCAACCGGUCUAGGCCGCCGGCCGGUCUAGGACGAGUCGGCACUUGCUCGUCGUCUUGCCUCAUCCUCUCUACCAGAAACCGACCCCCCGUAGUCGUUAGAGCCGAGUCCCCGAAUUACUCGGGUCUUCCUCUACCAGCUACACCAGUCACAAGCUGCCCCAAUCUCCCCCCUCAAUUGUCCGGUCUCUUUCCCCCAUCAUUACCUUUCCCUGAACUGUCCAGCCCCCCUCGGCCCCCUACACUUGCCACAUCCUUCCAUGCCUACUUCGGUUCGGCAACAGCCCUCCUCUACUUUACAGCCACACUCGAGCCCCUUGAAUAUCUGGAUACCCUACCUACAUCUGGGUACCCCUGCGUCUAG